AGACAACGGUUCGUUAUCAUUUGCAAGAUAUUGCGCUCAAAUUAUACUUAUGGCUCAGGAACAUAAAAUGGAUCAAUCCACCUCCACCGACGCCACAAAAACAAAAAUCGACUUUUUGGCAGAUAAAACAGAUGCAUCACCAUUUACUUUGCGGCCUUUUCGCGCCGGAGACUUGGGAUACAUGGUGCAUCGGCAAGGAGUUUUCUACGACGAACAGUAUCAAUGGGGCAUUCGUUUUGAGGGUCUAGUCGCACGGAUCGUCGGGGACUUUGUCGAUUCUUAUGACCCGAGCAAGGAAUGUUGCUGGAUCGCAGAGAACAAAAGCGACGGAGCGUUCCUGGGUGGUGUGAUGGUUGUCAAAGACAAAGAGUCAGUUACUAAUUCGAAGAUCGCCAAGCUUCGACUCUUAUAUGUCGAACCGAAAUCGCAGGGGAUGGGGUUAGGGACGGUCUUGGUUAGACAGUGCACGCGUUUUGCACGGGAAGCUGGUUAUACAAAAAUAGGACUCUGGACACAAAGCUAUAAGCUGGUACGGUCAGAGAAACACGAAUCAUUCGGUGUACCACUGACUGGCGAAUAUUGGGAGUUGACGCUGUAG